AUGAUCAUGGCCUGCGGUGCGCAACAGCAGAUUGUUGAGAAGUAUGGUGGCUUUAUUAAGGAGGCUAAAAAGCAAGCCCAAGCUAUCAGCCCGCUCACAUCACUUCAAUUUGCCUUGACUUUCUUCGGUGUCUUUGGUACUGUCGCUCUUACAUUCUGGUAUGGCACUCUGAUCUUUACAAAGAACAGAUUGGAUGAUAUCGGAGUUAUUAUCGUAGGCUGGCUGAAGGGUCCUGAAGUUUCUGCUACAAAAGACAUUUGCUUUGACAACGUGACUUUUGCCUAUCCGAGUCGACCUGACAUCAAGAUCCUCGAUCAGUUGGACUUGCGCAUCGAGGCUGGCAAAAUCACCGCCAUUGUUGGCCUAAUUGAGCGUUGGUACACCCUGAAACAGCCACAUGCAAUCGCCAAAGCGACACAGCAGGACAAGGAUAAGAAAGGGAAAAAGGGUCAAAACGGCGAUGACGACCACGUUGAGCUGAGCAGGAUUGAAUCACCAGAGAUCGUAGUCCCAGUCAAACUACAAGGCGCUGUCACAACCUGCGGUCAUUCAUUGGACGACAUCGAUGUCAAAUGGUGGCGAUCACAGAUUGGACUUGUUCAACAGGAGCCUUUCUUGUUUAAUGAUACAAUCUACGAAAACGUCGCCCGAGGCUUGAUCGGCUCUCCGUGGGAGGGAGAGUUUGAGGAGCGGAAGAGGCAACUCGUCAAGGAAGCCUGCCAAGAAGCAUUUGCUGAUGAGUUCAUCGACAAGCUUCCUCUGGGAUACGAUACCAAUGUCGGUGAUGGAGGUGCCAGGCUCUCAGGCGGUCAACGCCAACGCAUUGCCAUUGCGCGAUCCAUCAUCAAGAGGCCGUCCAUUCUCAUCCUCGACGAAGCUACCAGUGCGAUUGACGUCCGUGGCGAGCGAAUCGUACAGGCCGCCCUCGAUAGAGCAGCUUCGGGCCGAACGACGAUCACCAUUGCCCACCGACUUUCAACCAUCAAAAACGCAGAUCGCAUUGUGGUUCUCAAUAGAGGCAAGAUUGCCGAGUCGGGUACCCAUGAGAGCCUCAUGUCCAUUAACGGCGGUGUCUAUUCUGGGCUGGUCAAUGCCCAAGCUCUUUCUCUCGGAGACUCUGCGCAAGAAGAUCUGGAGAAAGGUUCCGCCACAGAUGAUGUUGACCUCCUGGUCCACGAAAAGACUCGAGCAGAAUCAGAGUGUGGCGAAAAUCUCGGUGAGAGCGUGGCAACUGAGAAUGGAAAAGACCGCGGCUUCUUUGGAAGCUUUGGCCAGUUCUUCUAUGAGUCCAAGACUUAUUGGGGUGUCAUAGGAUUCUCCCUCAUUACUUCCGCCGCGGCUGGUGCAGCGCAGCCAUUAUAUGCCUGGAUGUUUUCCAAAUCCAUCGACCUCUUCAAGUACCAAGAAGACCAUUCUCGUCUCAUGGAUAAGGUGGACUUCCUGGCUGGUAUGUGGACAGUCUUUGCGGCUUCGGCGGGUAUCGCCUACUUCUUGACUUUUGUCUCGUCAGGCCGCGUGGCAUCUUUAAUCCGGGCAAAGUAUCAGACGCAGUAUUUCGAGUCAUUCAUAUUUCAGCGAGCGGCGUACUUCGACGAGAAUGGCAACUCUCAUGGCACACUCGUCUCGCGGGUCAGGGAUGACCCGCUGAAGCUUGAAGAGAUGAUGGGUACCAACAUCGCCCAAGUCUGUGUCGCCGUUGGCAACGUUAUAGGCGGCAUUGUGAUGGCUCUGGUUUAUAGCUGGAAGCUCGCACUUGUCUCCCUCUGUGCCGUGAUGCCAGUGUGCAUCUUCUCAGGCUACAUUCGCUUCCGGUAUGAGCUUUUGUUUGAGAAGCUGAACGACGAGGUCUUUGCCGAGAGCUCCCACUUCGCCUCUGAAGCUCUCGGUGCGUUCCGCACUGUCGCAUCUUUGGCUCUUGAGGACUCAAUCUCGACUCGCUUUGAGCAGCUUUGCCACGGCCAUGUCGUUGCCGCGUACAAGAAGGCUCGCUGGGUCAGCAUUAUCCUCGGUUUCUCUGACAGUGCGACUUUGGCUAGCCAGGCGCUCAUUUUCUAUUACGGUGGCCGACUACUUGUGCGGGAAGAGAUUGGAGUUAUGGCGUUUUUCGUAUGCUUAAUGGCAAUGAUGAAUGCUGCCGAAGGAUUCGGCCAAAGUCUGAGUUUCGGUCCAAAUGCUGCCCAGGCAACCGCUGCGUCAAACCGCAUCCUCGAUGCCAGAGAAUCCCGGUUGACGAAGCAACACGGAGAGGAUGACAUCCCUAACACAGAGGGCGGCAUCAGAAUCGAGCUUCGUCACGUUCGCCUGAGGUAUCUGACCCAAGAGACACCAGUUCUUAAGGGACUGACCAUGACUAUCGAGAAAGGACAAUUUGCAGCUCUAGUUGGCGCCUCAGGCUGCGGUAAGACUAGCAUAAUAUCUUUGUUGGAGAGGUUCUAUGAGCCUGAAAAGGGCCAGGUCUUGUGCAAUGGGAAGGAUAUUUCAGAUAUCGACAUUUACACCUACCGCAAGCACCUGUCCUUAGUGUCACAAGAGCCGAACCUCAUCCAAGGCACAAUCCGAGACAACAUUCUACUUGGUCUUGAUCCCGACACUAUCACGGAGGAUCAACUUCACGCCGCAUGUCGUGAUGCCUCAAUUCACAACUUCGUGGCGUCCCUCCCCGACGGCUACAAUACCGACAUUGGCUCCCGCGGUGUUUCUCUCUCCGGCGGACAGAGACAGCGCAUUUGCAUUGCCCGCGCGCUGAUUCGCAACCCCCGAAUCCUCCUACUUGAUGAGGCCACUAGCUCUCUUGAUUCCGAGAGCGAGAGGCUCGUUCAGGCGGCUUUUGAACGUGCGGCCAAGGGCAGAACCAUGAUUGCGAUUGCGCACCGGCUGGCCACCGUCCAAAAUGCAGACGUUAUUUUCGUCAUGGGUGACGGUGGUCGACUACUUGAAAAGGGAAGUCACUCAGAGCUCCUUAGAAAGAGGGGGGUCUAUUUUCAAAUGUGCCAAAGUCAGGCUCUUGACCAGUGA